AGACAACAACAAAUCAUUCGACUUUAGUACUUGCAGACUAUAGAUCAAUGGCGGCUAUGUUCGGCUUGAUUCGGGAUGUAUCUCCUCAAUCAAGGAUUUGGGGUUUGAGAUUAAGGGUGGUGCGGAUGUAUUACUCACGGAGUGAAGAUGGCGAAGUGAGGACUUUGGAAUGCGUGUUUCACGACAGAGAGGGCGAUCGUAUCCAUGGAACGAUUCGUAAUUUUUUGAUAGCAAAGUUUAAGGAUUCAAUGAAAGAGGGAGGGGUUUAUGCAAUCGGCAAUUUCGUGGUGGCAUACGAUGGGAAAAAAUACAAGACCACACCCAACAAGUUCAAGAUACUUUUUAUGCCAAAGACUCAAAUUACGGAUCAUGAUGAUCCUAAGUUCUUGAAUGAUCUGUAUAAAUUCAAAUCUUUUGAGAGCGUGUUGACGGCAAACGUAUUGGAU